GUGACACUACUGACAGCAACAGGCAACAAAUAACCAAAAAAUCAACUUAUCAUCUUAAAAAAUAUUUUUUAUGUAGAUAUAAUUUAGCAAUUCUAAGAGUUAUAUUGGUUUUUCGAAAUGUCUAAAGAAUUUAAGCUAAGCGCCUCACUUUUCGGCCAUUCAAUGGACAUUCGAGCAUUAGCUGUAACCGCUAGUAAUGACAUUAUUAGCGGCUCAAGAGAUAGAACAGCAAAAUAUUGGAGAUACAACCCGAUUCAGAAUGUUUAUCAAGAUGUUAUGACUUAUAAGAGCCAUGAAAAUUUUGUUGGAAGUGUACUAUAUUUGGAGCCUAGCAGUGAAUAUCCUGAUGGCCUGGUUAUUACAGGUGGCUAUGACAAGGCUAUCUUUAUUCAUAAACCUGGAGAACCAUUUCAUACCUAUGCCAUAAAAGGAGAACACACAAACACAGUAUGUGCCCUUACAAAAGGUAUUGAGCCCAAUACAUUCUUCAGUGCUUCUUGGGAUAACACAGCUAAAUACUGGUCUUUAUCUACAUCUACUUCAAAGCCAGUACAGACAUUUUCUGGGCAUCUAGCAGCUGUAUGGUAUGUCAAACAAAUUAGUAAUGGAAAUGUGGUCACUGCAUCAGCUGAUAAAACUAUAGUAGUAUGGUCAUUAGAUGGUCAAAGACUGCAAUCAAUAUCAGGUCAUAAUGAUGCUGUUAGAUGUUUAGAAGAUUUUCCAGAAAUGAAGUAUUUUAUAAGUGUGUCGAAUGAUGCAUCUAUAAAGAUCUGGAGCUAUGAAGGAGAAAAUAUGAAUACACUUUAUGGGCAUACUAGUUUUAUAUACAGUAUAGCAAGAUGCAGACCUCAUGGUUUGGAUAGUUUUGUUACUUCAGAUGAAGAUAGAAGUAUUAGGUUUUGGCAGAAUAAUGAGAAUAAAGGCUUUAUUGAACUUCCAGCUCAAUCCGUGUGGGCUGUAGAUUGUCUACCUAAUGGAGAUAUUGUAACUGGUUCAAGUGAUGGAAUAGUUAGAAUAUUUACCAAAGAUGAUUCAAGAGUAGCAGAUGAAGUUAAUUUAACUAAAUUUACAGAAGAGGUGAAUGCACUGAAGCGACAAGCUGUUCAAGAGAUAGGAGGAGUUAAAGUAUCAGACUUACCUGGCAAAGAAGCUCUUUACGAUCCUGGAAAAAGAAACGGACAAAUGAAAAUGGUCAGAGAUGGUACCAGUGUGGUAGCCUAUACGUGGGUAGAAGAUGGUGAAAACAGUCAUUGGGAUAAAGUUGGGGAAGUACUUGGAGGCACUGACAAAAAUGACAGUGGCAAAACAAUGUAUGAGGGUCAGCAUUAUGAUUAUGUAUUUUCUGUGGAUGUUGAAGAUGGUAAACCUCCAUUAAAAUUGCCGUUCAAUAAAGGAGAUGAUCCAUAUCAAGCAGCUCAUAAAUUUUUAGCUAAGAAUAUGUUGCCAGCAGAAUAUUUAGAACAGGUAGUAGAUUUUAUACUGAAAAAUAGCAAAGAGCAAUAUGUACCUCAAGUUAGUAUGGAAUAUCAGGAUCCGUUUACAGGAGGCUCAAGGUAUACUCCAAGCUACGGCGCCUCUAAUCAAGGACAAACAGGAAUGAAUCUGGAUCCCUUUACUGGUGGUAGCAGUUAUUCAACAUCCGGAACUAGAUCUCAACCCCCUGCUGCCUCCGCCGGUCAGAACAGCGACCCAUUUACCGGCAGCUCUAGCUAUACGACGGUAAAUGCGGAAUCAGGAUCAGGCUUCUUUCCUGUUAAGACCUAUCAUAGUUUCGAUGUGGGAGACGCUAAUGUAAUUUUAAAGAAACUUAAAGAAUUCAACGAAAAAUCUGGAGAUUGUAAUGAUAAAAUUGAAGAAAGGGAUCUGGAACAAGUGGUCAAAUUAUGUUCUAGCCCACCUACAGACGGAUAUGCUGUUGAUAUUUUAUUUAAGUUAUUGGAAUGGCCAGAUUCAAUCGUAUUUCCUGUUUUGGACGUUGUCAGAUUAGCUGUAAGGCAUAAAAAGAACAAUGAAGUAAUAUCAUCGCUGAAUAAUGGUAUUAUAUUUGAAAAAAUCAAAACGUACAUUAGCUGCGAGUGUACCAUUGUCAACAAUAUGGUUAUUGCCCUUAGAACUAUUACUAAUUUAUGUUUGCAUGAAGCUGGCGAGAGUCUCGUGUACAAUAAUCGUUUUGAUAUUUUGGAGAAUUUUACCUCAUUUAGCAAUUUGAACAAAAACUGUCAAGUGGCCUUAGCAACGUCCUUAUUAAAUCUUACUAUACUUACACUAAAACACAAUGAUGAAAUAGGAAUUACAGUCUUAGCUCAAGUAAUACCAGAUUUAAUUACGAAACUAACGGAAGCAGAAGCCCAUUUUAGAGCUUAUGUGGCUUUGGGAACUUUGAUUACAUCGUCAAGUAUACACAAACCGAUGAUUAAAGCGAAAGUUCAAGAAAAUACCAACUUUAUUUCUACGUUGCAACUUCAUUCAUUUGCAAGCCAAACUGAUGUAGAUAAUAAACGAAUGAAGUGUGUAAAAGAAUUACUUAAUAUUUUGUAGCUUUUUUACCAAUUUUUUACAGGUUUUAAGUUAUUUUGGUGUGAAUAAAAAUAAAUAUUGCGCUUUU